AUGGCGGCCAUGGACAACUCCACCACAGCAGCCGUAUCAAAGAGGAGAAAGAUCACUGCUUCAACGCCGCCAUUGCCUCCAUUGCCGCCAAGUCCAAUAAUGCUUCAGCUCCUCGACUCCCCCCAUUCAUGCUCCAGCUUUUACUCCGAUCACUCUCCGCCUCCCUCCUCUUGCUGCUCCACCAACGAUCUCAACGACGUCGCCGCCGCCCGUAGCUCGCCGCUCCUAGAUCUGCAGGUGAAUCCCGCCUCCAUAGCUCGCACCGAGAUUCGAAUUUCUCUUCCCCUUUCUUUCUGUUUGAAAACGAGGAGACAAAUAGAGGAGAGAGAAACUAGCGAAUGGAAAACUGCCAAGAGUUUCGAAACGGCAUUCUCCAACUCGACCUCUAUCACCAACAAUAAAUUCAGGGAGACGACGCCGUCGAGCGAGCUGUCCCUGGACUUGAACGAAAUGUCAUCGCCGGCGCCGGCGGUGUCUCACCGGCGGAGAAUCCCGGUCAGCAAAUCGACUCCAAGUGAAGAGAUCGAAGAGUUCUUCGCCGCCGCCGAGAAGUACGAGCAUAAGCGCUUUACAGAGAAGUUCAACUAUGAUAUCGUCAAUGACGUGCCUCUGGAGGGUCGGUACCAGUGGGUUCGUCUGAAGUCAUAA